AUGUCCUACAGAAGAAGAGCUCCAGCAAAUACCAUUACCGGUGAAAGUCAUAUUAGAGGACCGACUAGUGCGCUUACAGGUUUUCUCAGAGAGCAUGGAAUCAAUGAUGAUUUGAUUAGAAGACGUCAAGAAUUGGCAGAACAAAACCCUGAUAACGACGAUGAAAAUCAGGAAGAAGAAGAGGGGGAUACUGAAGAACAUCCUCUAGAUGGAGCUGCUCCAGAAAUAUCGUCAGCAGUACAGGAUCAAGACGAAAAAGAGGAUGAGGAAUUACAAAUAAGGAUAGCCGCAAGAAGAAAAAGAAGACUUGCUAAACAGAAUGAAUCGGAUUAUACUGAUAGUGAUGAUGAUGAUAAUGAUGACAGCCAAGCUGCUGCUUCUAACUCAUCAAGCACCCCAAUAUCUUUUUCUUCAAAUAAAAAAAAGAUGACGCUUGCUCCGGGAAUGGAAAUCAAAUGUUAUGAGUGUCCAGUGUCGUUUAAGAUCACCGCGUUUUCUCGUAAAGUGAAGGAUAUCGAUGGAAUUAUUAUUGGCUAUCUUUGUAAAGACUGUGCUCAAGAAGCGUUGGAGAAGGAAAAAUUAAAACGUGAAAAAGCUUUGAAAGCUAGGAAAAGAAGAAAGAAAGUUGCUGAAGCAUUACUUGAUAAACAAGAAUUGAAAUUCCCAUCUUUGCAAGAUCUUUGCGUGAAAUUGAUCAUCAAAUAUAUCGAUGACGUCGAACAAUUCGGUGACAUUGGUACAGUUAACUUGCUGAAGAUUUGUCAAAUUCUUUGCAAAAAUCGCUUGUUGUCAGAUGCUUCUUUGCAGUUAUUUUUGAAUCCAGAAAUCAAAGACCUCGAGCUUUUCGAUUGCUCGAAACUCAAUGCCGAUUCUCUCAAAAAAAUUGCUGCUUAUUGUCCUAAUCUCUCCAAUUUAUCCUUGCAAUUUGCCGCCCGAUUGAAUGAUAAUGUAUUUGAUUAUUAUAUUGAUCGUUUAGAUAACCUUACGUCUCUUCAUUUGAAUGGAUCUUUCUUAAUAUUUGACGAUAUGUGGAAAAAGUUUUUUGAAAAGUUUGGAAAGCAAUUGAAAUCUUUCACUAUCAAAAAUAGCUACCGAUUUACGGACAAAUCAAUUGAUUACUUGGUCAGUAAUUGCCAAGUUCUAGAACUGUUAACUCUUUCGCGCCUUGACGGAGUGAUUAGCCCAACUUCCUACGGUAAAAUUUCGCAAAUUUCUACGCUUCGACACUUGGAAAUCAGUUUCCCAACAAAUGAGGGUUUAGUCACCAAUGAUUCGGUAAUCCAGAUUCUUGAUACCGUAGGUCCGCAACUUGAAACCCUUGUACUUGAUGGUUGCAGUGCGUUGACCGAUGAUUUCCUCGUGAAAGGAAUCAAAGCUAAUUGUUUAGAACUAAAGAAACUUUCAUUGAAAUAUCUUGACCAAAUCACCAAUUCCGGAUUCCAAGAAUUAUUCACCAAAUGGGAUUCUAACGCUGGUUUAAUGAGCCUUGAUCUUCAAAAAUGUGUUUGUUUAGGUGAUGACGCGCUCGUUGCCAUGAUUCAUCAUCUGAGUGGUUCUUUGAUCCAACUUGAUAUCAAUUCAAUUGGUGACUUAACUUUUGAAGUUUUCAAUGCCAUUAAGAAAAUUGGGCUACCAUUAUUAACUACCAUUGAUUGUGGUUUCGUGAGGGCUGUCGACAAUAGGGUGGUUAAAAUAUUGAAUGAUGCCGCACCACAGUUAAAAAUCAUGGAAGUAUUUGGUUGUAAUAGAUGCAAUGGUAGCGUAAACAUUAGAAAGGGGUUGCAGAUUAUUGGAAGACAAAGUGACAGCAUUUAG